AUGCCUGCAUUCCGUUUCCGACAUAUCAAGGAGUUAUAUCCGGUGUUUUGGGGGAAAUCAAUGGAGUUCUGCGCCGUGGUAAAGAGAGACCUUGGUGCGCAACCAGAUAGUGUCUUGGACGUCUGUUACUAUGCCACACGGGUUACGCUGGAUAUUAUUGGGAUUGCCGGAAUGGGCAGAGAUUUGGGGUCUCUGUAUAACAAGGACGACGAGCUGGCAAAGAACUACCAGGAGAUCCUUGAGCCGACACCCGAGAAGGCUCUGUACUAUCUUACCAACGUUAUUUUACCACCAUGGCUAGUGAGAAAGUUACCGUGGAGGUUGCAUGAGAGGGUAACGGUUACGACUAGGAACUUGCGGAGGGUUUGUUCGGGGUUUUUGGUAGAAAGGAAGAUGAAGAUCAGAUGCGAGAAAGCCGAGGGUCAGGAAAGUCGCGAUAUCUUGUCCAUCAUGAUUCGCGGUAACGACCAGUCGGACAAGAACCUCGUGGACCAACUUCUUACCUUUGUAGCAGCAGGUCACGAAACCACAUCCUCUGCACUGACCUGGACUUCCUACCUGCUUGCCCAACACCCAGCCAUUCAAGCUCGGCUCCGCUUCGAAAUCCUUAAGUAUAUUCCCGAUCCAGGCGUUCUGUCAAGCCCUGACUUCGAUGUCGCCAGGCUUCUAGAAAGUAUGCCGUAUCUCAACCGUGUCUGCAACGAAGUUCUUCGACUCUUUCCCCCGGUACCUCUCACAUCGCGCGUCGCUGUCAGGGACACGACAGUCUGCGGCCAUGUCAUACCCAGCGGCACCAUGUUCUGGAUUGUUCCGUGGGCAAUUAACCGAAGUCCGAAGCUUUGGGGACCAGACGCUGAAGAUUUUGUACCAGAGCGCUGGAUGGAUACGACGACCGGUCGCGCGACGAUGAACGGUGGAGCAGAGAGCAACUACAGUUUCUUAACAUUCCUGCAUGGCCCGAGGGGCUGUAUUGGAGAGAGGUUUGCGCGGGCCGAGAUGAGGUCGCUUGUUGCGACAUUCGUGGGUAACUUCGAGAUGGAACUGGCAGAUCCUAACGAGGAGAUUGUCGUGGGUGGCACGCUGACCAGUAAACCGAGGAACGGUAUGAAGCUCAGAUUGAACGAUGUGAAGUGGGGGCCAUAG